UAUUAAUUAGUGAUAAAAAGUCCCUACUUUUUGGUGCUUUUUAAUUUCUUUUGUCCCCAGAAAUCAAUGUUGGUAGCGCGCAAUGCAUUGUGGGUUAUAAUUAAGAUGGCGUUGGCGUGCUUAUUAAUUGCUUAACUUUUCUAUAUAUUGUGAUAAUGCCGCGUUCAAAACGUGCUGUAAGUUGAUUAUAAGAGUAGAAACGAUUAAUAGAAGUAGGAUACAAAGAAAAUCUUCUGUAUUGGCUUAUUGCAUGCCCAGGAAUGUUAAAAAUGUCUAAGAAGUCUGAGAUGGAUGAAGAUAUUGAUAAUUCAUCAGGUUCUGAUUUUGAUGAGGACGAAGACCCAGAUAAAAUUGAGGUUCCUGGAGGUGGGAAGGAUUUGGCAUCAGCAGCAGGUUUAUUAGAACCUAGAGAUGAUAAGAUUAAAAAGGAAGCAAUAGCAACAAACAGUGUUCCCAAUGCAGGUAGUGCAAUGAUGCCUCCUCCGCCCAACAUGAUGCACAAUGCUAAAAUGCACCCACCAAACUUUCAUAUGGGGUACGACAUGAUGCGUAAUCCAUGUAAGUUAAAAAUCUACUUGCAACUUAAAUGAAAACAAAACUUGUAUAGGCAAUGUAACAAUUAACAAUUAAACAUACAACAAUAACUUAUGAUGGUACAUCUGCAUUAUUAAAAGGUGUUACUUUAAUAUUCUUGAACAAAUUAAAUUUUUCUUGAGAUGUUUAAAAUUACUACAAA